CAGUGACGUCAAAACUUUGCAGGCUGACCAGCUGAACGAGAGAGAAGUGAAACGAUAGAUCAUGUACGCGAAGUUCCUGGCCGUCGCGGUUGCUCUGCUGACCGCUCCGCAACUGACGAGCGGCUCGGGUCGCAGGCCCAUCUACAACAUCUACCACAUGACGAACGCCAUCUGGCAAGUGGACGAAGGCAUGGAGCUGGGAGCCAACGCCAUCGAGUCUGACGUCACAUUCGACAGUAAUGGCACCGCGGUCUGGUUCUUCCACGGUGUACCGUGCGACUGCGCCCGUUGGUGCGAACGUCACGAAAAAGUGCCGGCGUUUCUGCAGUAUCUCCGUCGGACCACAAACGGGGGCAAAUACGAAAACAACCUGGCUCUUCUGUUUUUGGAUCUCAAGAGUACUACCCUUUACGCGGACAAAAAGCACGAUGCGGGCGUCGACGUCGCGAAUAAGCUUCUGAAUUAUCUCUGGCUUGGAGUCCCUAUCCAGAAGGCGCUGAACGUUCUCCUGUGUGUACACAGCGUGGACGAUAAGGAACUACUCUGGGGAGCGAUCACAACCAUCCUUCGCCAAAGACCCGAAAUGAUCGACAAGAUAGGGUUCGACGUUAGCAACAACGACGAUCUCGAGAAGAUCGGCAAAUUUUACCGGAAACUCGGCAUUGAAGGCCAUCGGUGGCAAGGGGACGGCAUCACGAACUGCCUUUCUUACGCACGACCGGCAGGAAGGAUGAACAGCAUCGUCAGAAACCGUGACUCUGAUGAAGAAUCGUGCUACGUCGACAAAGCUUACCAGUGGACCAUAGACAUCUGGGACCAGCUCCGUCUGUCACUCAGGAGAAACGUGGACGCUAUAAUCACGAACAUGCCGCACCGUCUGGCCAGCAUUCUCAAGGAGAGUGAGUUUCGGAACAGGUUGCGGCCAGCCAACGCCUCGGACAACCCGUGGUCACGCUACGGGUGCCGCCACGACUGCGGCAGGAAGCCUUUCAUCUCGGGCCACCUUCUCAAAGGCGCUGGCGUGCCCGAUUAACUGAUGCCUUCUGAGUGUCGGGCAGUUGCGCUGGACCAGCUAGCAACAUUAUUACGCCUUUUUCAAAUCCCGUUCUACCCAAUACCGUUUUCGGUAGGGC